AUGAUUGAUCAAAUUUUCUUGAUAACUCUGGAGUCUAUUAACAUAAAUAGGAAAAUCAUUGGAAUUUAUUAGUUUAUUUAGAACAGCGGCAUUUUUGUUAAUUUAAAAUGUUUAGAAUAUAUUCCAAGUUAAUAUAAUUCUACAAAAUUAGAUCACUUACAAAAAAGCUGGUUGAUAAGUAUAUUUAUUUUAGAUUUAAUAAUAGAUGCCCUAGUUUGUAAGGCUGAGCAUUACGCCAGAAAAUGGACAUUUGUCUUUAUGUUAUUUGAUUGUGCCUAACUUUGA